AUGCAAAACCCUCCGUCAAUCCGUCCUGAUAUGUACAAUCAGGGAAAUAGCUCAAUAAGUGCUUAUAAUACCUCUGAGAAAAAUACAAAUGAGCAUCCAUCUCCACAAAUUGCACAUCCCAGCACAUCUCAAAAAUUACCUUAUAGAAUAAACUCGACUACUAAUAAUGAAAUCGACACCUCUGUUAACAAUAACCCUAUCCCACCACCUUUGCCAAAUUUAUUGCAUUUAUCUGCUCCAUCUGAUUAUAGACCAAUGCAUCAAGGACCUAUGCAUCCAUCUUAUGUUGUUCCUCCGCAUCCAAAUGAAGGAAAACAAUCAACAUCUUUUAAUAGAUCGCAAAAUGCCCACGUAAGUAUGCAACCUUCUGUAGUAUUUCCCCCAAGAAGUUAUUCUGUAUCCUACCCACCUCAUCAAAUGAAUCCUCCUUUAACAAAUGGACUUCCGAACCAAAGUAUAUCGUUCAAUAGGGAGAAUACAGCAGAAGAACAACUUUCAAGCUUUCCAUCGCGCAAUUCUAGUGUUAUUGCUGCACCUCUUCCUUUUCAAAAUAGAGCCACUGGCGCCAAAAAUCCAGGUGAUAAUAAUACUACUUUAGCCGAAUCAGCCACAGAUAAAGAUGUUCAGCUCAUAGGUAGCUCAGGAAAAACUUUGAGAAAUACAAGGAGAGCUGCUCAAAAUAGAACUGCCCAGAAAGCGUUUAGGCAAAGAAAGGAAAAGUACAUAAAGAAUCUGGAACAAAAAUCUAAAAUAUUCGACGACUUACUAGCGGAGAACAACUACUUUAAAUCGUUAAAUGAUUCAUUAAGAAAUGACAACAAUAUUCUGAUAGCUCAACAUGAAGCUAUAAGAAACGCAAUUACUAUACUGAGAAGUGAGUACGAUGUUUUAUGUAAUGAAAAUCGUAUUCUGAAGAAUGAAAACAAUAUAGUAAAAAAUGAACAUAAUAUGGCAAGAAACGAAAAUGAAACUUUAAAAAUUGAAAAUAAACGCUUUCACGCCGAGUACAUACGAAUGAUUGAAGACAUUGAAAAUACCAGAAGAAAGGAACAAGAGCAGCGAAAUGAAAUAGAACAACUAAUAAAGAAGAUUAGGUCCUUAGAAGAAGCAGUGAGAAAUCAGUCAGAUACUACCACGUGA